CGUGUGAUGGUUUACCAUUAAACAGAUGUCUCAAAGGGCUUUUAUAUGGGCUUUCUUUCUCAUGCAAACAAAUCUAUUUUCUUAGUCUUAUCCUUGUACAGUUGGAAGUUAAAUUACUUUGAAAGUUUCAAAAGAAAGAAAAACUUAGUGAAGCAAAGGAAGAAGAAGAUCAGAACCUGAAACCACCUUCGAAGCAUCAAGUCAACGAGUCCUGUAAACAUGUCUGGGCACCAUGGUGAAGAAGCUGAAGAUGAACAUAUGGAGGAUGAUGAUACUUUGGGAGCAGAUUUUGAGAAUCUUAUGUGUUCUGCUGAUACAAUUGCUUCUCAUGCUCCUAACAGAAAGGACAUUCAGGGAAUCUCAUGGGAUAAACUUAGUCUCACCAGAGAAGAAUACAGAAAAAGUAGGCUACAAUCCUAUAGAAACUAUGAAAACAUACCAAACUCAGGCGAGGCAUCUGGGAAGGACUGUCUAGAUUCAGAGAAAGGAAGCUCUUUCUAUAUGUUCAAGAAGAAUUUUAGAUCUGUAACACCUACUAUUCUCCAUUUUCAGCUGAGGGAGUUGGUGUGGGCUACAUCUAACCAUGAUGUUUACCUGAUGUGCAACAACUCUAUUACUCAUUGGUCUACUUUAACAAGUAGUAGGGAUGAGGUUCUUGAUCUUGCUGGUCUAGUAACCCCAUCUGAGGAACAUCCUGGAAGUUUGUUAGAAGGAUUUUCAAAGACACAAGUCAGCAGUCUGGCAGUAAAAGAUGGGAUGGUUGUUGCUGGUGGGUUUUCUGGUGAACUCAUUUGCAAGCAUCUUGAUAGACCUGGUGUGAGCUUCUGCUACCGCUUAACUAGUGAAGAAAACGCCAUAACUAAUUCUGUUAAUAUACACAGGAACUCCAGUGGUGCACUUCAUUUCAUGGCUUCAAGUAAUGACGGUGGAGUCAGAAACUUUGAUAUGGAAACUUAUCAGCUUGUCCAGCACUUCCAUUAUCCCUGGCCAGUGAAUCAUUCUUCGGUUAGUCCUGAUGGGAAACUAGUAACAAUCCUUGGAGAUGACCCAGAUGGUUUGUUGGUGGACUCCAACAACGGGGAGACGGUGGGGAGGUUAUAUGGUCACUUGGACUAUUCAUUUGCAUCAGCUUGGCAUCCUGAUGGAAUGACCUUUGCCACGGGGAACCAGGACAAGACCUGCCGUGUGUGGGACGUAAGGAAUCUGUCUAAAUCUGUGGCAGUAUUAAAGGGAAACCUCGGAGCCAUCCGUUCUAUCAAGUUCACUUCCGAUGGUCAGUACAUGGCCAUGGCUGAGGCGGCAGACUUUGUCCACAUUUACAACACCAAAACAGGAUACAUGAAAGAGCAAGAGAUUGAUUUCUUUGGGGAGAUAUCAGGAAUCUCCUUCAGUCCUGACACUGAGUCUCUCUUCAUUGGCGUAUAUGAUAGAUCAUAUGGUAGUCUUAUGGAGUUUGCUCGAGAAAGGGUUUCUGGAAUUGCAUUGUGAUCUCAGAGUUCUUGGAACAUCUUCAAUAGAGAGUUCUUGGAACAUCUUCAAUAGAUUCUGCCUUGAAGGUUCUAUAUAUGGUAGAUUAUAGAAUCGUCGUUCCAAAUAACAGAUUACUCAUUUCCAGUUCAUGACAUGUCGAUUCUGUUAAUGCAGUGUGCUAAAAACUGUUCUGAGUUGAUUGUAUUAUAUCGUAUUAGUAUUCCAACAAAGUAAAUGAAGAAGUGAGACUUG